AUGAGUUUUAAAUCUAAAAAUUUAAUUACUAAAUCGCAAUAUUUCAAUCGACAUAAAGGAACGCACAAUGACACAAAAGAAUAUGUAUGCGAAUAUUGCGAUAAACAAUUUACCUCUUCGAGAACUUGGAAACAACAUUAUAAAGACGUACAUUUUCAAGUUAAACCCUAUAAAUGCAAAACAUGUGAUAAAACAUUUCAAUAUGAAUCGGAAUUGGGUCGUCAUGUUUUGCUUCAUGCAGAAAAAAAACCUUAUCAAUGCCAGUUUUGUGAAGAAGCAUUUACUCGAAAAGGGAAUCUAGAAAGGCAUACAGAGGCGAGGCAUACCAUUGAUAAAACUUUCAAAUGUAUCGUGUGUAAGACAUAUUUCAAAACUCAGCAGGAUUUGCGUGAUCAUACAGAUACGGAUCAUCCUGAAAGAAAGUACAAAUGUAACGAAUGUCCAUCUACAUUUACCCAUCAGAGGACCUUUAACGCGCACAUAAAUAUUAUACAUAAAAGCAGUAAAUCACAUGUUUGUAAGGUUUGCGGCAAAGGCUUUCGUACCAAACAUCACAAGGCUAGCCACAGUUUGGUACACAGCAAUAAAAAGUUUUUUGAAUGUUCGGAGUGUGGCAAGGGCUUCAAACAUAGAAAUACAUUUAUUGUACAUUUGCGAAAGAAUCACAACAAUGACACCAACAAUGACGACACCUGUAAAACAAGUGAAGAACAAACAGUUCAACGAAUUAUGGCCAUUCUUAAUGAAGCAGUUCAACAAUCUGAUGAAACAUAAAGCGAGUAUCAAUAAAGUGUUAAUUGGAGUGUAAAAGAAGUGUAAGGAGGGAGUAAUGGAAAUGAAAUCCGUAAGAAGCGAAAAUUGGAACAUGGAAUGUAAAGAAAGCAUCGACUAAACAUUAAAGAAACACAAAUAAAGUAUAGAUAAGUUCUUUGGCAAGCACGAGCAGAAUGUUCGUUGAAUGUAAACGGAGCGUGACUAGACAAUCUAGAGAACAUAAACGAAGCAUCGUCGAGUUCUUAGAUGAACGUGAAUGAAAUCGAGGUCCUUGGUAAGCAAAUGAUAUUUUAAAAUAUAUUUUAUUUAUUCAGUAAAUUUCUAAAAAAAGUGCUGUUUUCUUUUUGAAGUUCUAGGGGCUAACUUCAAGAAAUUAUUUCAUUAGAACAGAACUGAAAAAUCUUUCAAUGCUACGUCUAUC